GCGAUAUAAACCGCAACUCACUUCUCCUUAGAGAAAGCGCCACUUUCACGCUUUAAACGAGGCAGUCGGUGCUCGAUUGCUCCAGUCUGAUGCAAACAUGGCAGAUUUGGAGGAUAAAGUUUUAAAUCCUAACCUGAGCUCCCUUCUGCAAAUGGAUCCUUACCUUAAACCCUAUGAAAAGGACUUCCAGAGGAGGUAUGGGCUAUUUGAGAAGCAGCUCGCACUCCUUGAGGAGGCCGAGGGAGGCUUUGAUCAGUUCACACGCAGCUAUGAGAGUUACGGCGUACAGCGAAUGUCGGACAACAGUCUCGUCUUCAAGGAGUGGGUGCCGGCCGCUGAAGCCUUGUUUCUCACUGGAGACUUCAAUGGCUGGAACAAAUUUUCGCAUCCUUACACUAAAAAGGAGUUUGGGAAGUGGGAGCUGCACAUCCCCCCUAAAGAUGAUGCGACACCUGCUGUCACUCAUAGCACCAAGCUGAAGGUGGUUGUUCACACCAGUACAGGUGAGCGGCUGUACCGAAUUUCACCUUGGGCAAAGUAUGUGACCAAUAAUGAGUCCGUCAUCUAUGAUUGGGUGCACUGGGACCCUCCUCAACCUUACAUUCACAAGCACCCUCGUCCACAGAAGCCCAGGAGCUUACGGAUCUAUGAGUCCCACAUUGGCAUCGCUUCUCCAGAGGGCAAAGUGGCAUCUUACAGCAACUUUACACACAACGUGCUGCCCAAGAUAAAAGACCUUGGAUAUAACUGCAUUCAGAUGAUGGCGAUCAUGGAACAUGCGUACUACGCUAGCUUCGGAUAUCAGGUCACAAGUUUCUUUGCAGCAUCCAGUCGUUACGGCACCCCAGAGGAUCUCAAGGAGCUGAUUGACGUGGCUCACUCUCUGGGCAUCAUCGUCCUGCUGGAUGUGGUACACAGCCACGCAUCCAAGAACACGGAGGAUGGGCUGAACCGCUUUGAUGGCUCUGACUCGUGUUUCUUCCACAGUGGACCCCGUGGAGAACACAGCCUCUGGGACAGCAGACUCUUCAACUACUCGAGCUGGGAGGUGUUGCGUUUUCUCCUGUCCAAUUUACGCUGGUGGAUGGAGGAGUACAGAUUUGAUGGAUACAGGUUUGAUGGGGUGACGUCUAUGUUGUACCAUCAUCACGGAAUCGGAUCAGGAUUUUCAGGGGAUUAUGCUGAAUACUUUGGACUCCAAGUAGAUGAAGAGUCGCUGGUCUACCUCAUGCUGGCAAACCACAUUCUACACACCCUCUAUCAGGACUGCAUCACUAUUGCAGAGGAUGUAUCUGGUAUGCCUGCCCUUUGCUGUCCAGUCCAGGAAGGAGGUCUCGGUUUUGACUAUCGUCUGGCCAUGGCCAUUCCUGACAAAUGGAUUCAGAUCCUCAAGGAAUUCAAGGAUGAAGAUUGGAACAUGGGAAACAUUGUGUUCACAAUGACCAACAGACGAUACGGCGAGAAAUGCAUCGCCUAUGCUGAGAGCCACGACCAGGCCCUGGUUGGAGACAAAACACUGGCAUUCUGGCUGAUGGACAAGGAGAUGUACACCAACAUGAGCACCCUGAUUCCCAUGAACUCUAUCAUUGAUCGGGGCAUUCAGCUUCACAAGAUGAUUCGGCUGCUUACUCACAGCCUGGGAGGGGAGGGAUACCUGAACUUCAUGGGUAAUGAGUUUGGCCAUCCAGAAUGGCUAGAUUUUCCACGAGUCGGCAACAAUGAGAGUUACCAUUACGCCCGCCGACAGUUCAAUCUUGUGGACACAGAUCACCUGCGUUAUCGGCAGCUGUACGCUUUCGACCGGGACAUGAACCGAACAGAGGACAAGUACGGCUGGCUGGCUGCUCCCCCGGCUUACGUCAGCGCCAAGCACGAGGGAGACAAGGUGAUCGUCUUCGAGAGGGCUAAUGUCAUCUUCAUCUUCAACUUCAACCCCACAAACAGCUUCAGCAGCUAUAGAGUGGCAGUGGGGACAGCAGGGAAAUACAAGAUCAAACUGGACUCGGAUGAAAUACAGUAUGGAGGCCAUGGCAGACUGGACCACAGCACAGAAUUCUUCACUGAGCCAAUGGCAUUCAACGAUCGACCUAACUCUAUGCUGGUUUACAUUCCCUGCAGAACCGCUGUUGUUCUGGCCAACGAGGAAAUCGAUUACUGCUAUUGAAACUCAAUCAGCGAUUCACCGUGAGAUGGAAACCCAGCACACUUCUGCCACUCGACCUACCUAGCUUCACAGUGUGUUCACCAACUUCCUUGACAAAACCAGCGAUUUUCCUGUGACCUGCCACCAAACCAAAUUCAGUUCAAAUUUUUGAAGAAGUAUAUAUUGCUGGUUCUGUAACUUUCUGUUACCGUAAUUAAACCUGUAUUGUUCACAACAUACAGGAUACAUUAUUGAGUAAAUAUCAAGAAUUGGAGUUGCACUUUAUUUUACAGUGUUCAUGUUACUUAGUGAGACAUACUAAUGAACGACGUGUAAUUGCUGUGUAAUUAUUAAGCAGAGCUGCUUGUACUUGCAGAUUGUUAUUGUUAUUACUAUAGUAAUUCAUAUACUUACAUGAAAUGUGUAACAUAGACACUUUAAAAUAAAGUGUUACCAAAAAUAAUUAUUAAAAUCCCAUUGCUUCUAACACAUUUUUGCAUGCUUCUGUUUCUAUGUAACCAUGUGCUAACUCGAUGUCUUUGACUGCAGUGCCGCGUCUCGCUGUGUUUCCAGCCUCUUGCACAGAAGUGCCACAUUCUUUAGACGGCAUAUCAAGUUUAAAAUAACUUCUAAAAAUGCACACUGAGACGCCUGUACUGUUCCUGUUGUGCUUCUGUAGAGCUUUGGGUUUGUUUUGCGUAAAAUUGCGUUUGGUCUGAACAGCCCCUUAGUCAUCAAACCCCAUACUUCUCUAAUUGAAAGUGCAAAAAACACUUGUUUCAGUUGGCUAAAUUGUAGUGUGUAAAAUCAAUCAUGAUUAUCAAUGAAAACAAAUCAUAACUAAAAAUAAUACAUCUAAAAUGACUUCCUAUUGCUCAGCUUUGUAUUUAGCUUCAUUGUAAAUUUGUGGAGAAACUAUCCACAGCUAGAUUAUCAACGGUUGCUAAAUGAAGAAUGCACAUUGGCCUUGUUCGUAAAUUACUACUGAAAUUACGGUUUACUUGUACAAAACCAAAUGUAUUUUUGGGUGAAAUGUUGGUAUGACUUAAUGCAAAGUUUACUUUGGUCAGUAUUAAAAGCAGUAUAUGUCAACAUUGUAUUUAUAUAGAACCAUAAAGGGAAAUAAAA